AUGGCUCCAAAAUAUUUUAAUUUUCCUGUCAACAACGAUUCACUGGCAAACCCAUUGUUGGAUCCACUUGUUCACAUCAACAUGAAUUCACCCACAAGGAGUUGAUGCAAUUGGCCACCUGUCGGUCCAAAUCAUGGCAUGCUACAUAGCUGUCUUUUGAAAUUCCACAGCGUACGGUGGAUCAGUACAAUAACAUUCCACGGACCUGUUUACAGCUGACCCCCUAAUUACCGGUUUCGAUUUACUGUUGUCCGGACUAAAACUAUAAUCUCGGAUUUUACAUUUUUUACUGCAGAUGUAAAAAAUAAAUGCUUAUCUGGUUGUAGAUGCUAAUUGUUAGAACGUGUUUGUUUCCCGGUAAAAGGUUUAUUGAGAAAGAUACCCAAGAAACAGGGCAAAAAAUAUAAAAUCUCCAGCAUCUAUCGCUCUCUGGGUCUGGGAUCUGUCUCUGUCAAUCAAUAUUCUUUCCCAGUCUCUCUUCGCUGCAAACAUGCCUCAAGGAACGCUUGAAGUUCUUCUUGUUGGUGCCAAGGGUCUUGAGAACACAGAUUUUCUUUGUAACAUGGAUCCUUAUGUGCUUCUCAUUUGCCGUACCCAGGAGCAGAAAAGUAGUGUUGCAUCAGGAAAAGGGUCUGAUCCGGAGUGGAACGAGAAUUUUGUAUUCAAUGUGUCCGAAGGUGUUUCAGAACUCAAAUUGAAAAUAAUGGACAGUGACUGUGGUUCUCAGGAUGAUUUCGUUGGAGAAGUAACCAUUCCUCUGGAGCCUGUAUUUGUGGAAGGAAACCUGCCCCCAGCUGCAUAUAAUGUUGUCAAGGAUGAAGAAUAUCGUGGGGAGAUGAGACUUGGCCUAACUUUCACCCCCGAGGAACGUCAUACCGGGGAAUUUCAAGUUGAAGAAUCUUUUGAAGGGUGGAAGCAGUCUUCAUACACGGACUAGGCCACUAGUGGUUUCCAUCUUAAUUUCUGGUUUCAAGAACUUAUUCUGAAGCUUGAUUUAGAACUACAUUUGGUUGAAUGUUGUUAAUUGUGUGCUUCUUUACAAUCAAAUUGAUUAAGUCA